AUGGAGCUGUCGUCAUUAAAAACAAAUGACGACAGCAACCAAAUCGGCAACAAUAACAACAACAACUGCAGCAACGACAGCAUAAAUAUAAACAGCAUCAGCAAUAUUAAAGAAACUCGUCUUCAUGUCAAAAGAACACAAAUUCGUUUCCUUAUUGAUUCUGGAUCAGUGGUCUCAGUUAUUCCACGUUCUACAAUCAAGUGCAACAACAUUGCUGGUGACUUCACACUAUUUGCUGCAAAUCAAACAGUUAUCCAAACAUAUGGUGAUCACAUAAUUAAUGUGGACUUUGGACUACGUCGACCAUUCAAGUGGUCAUUCACCGUUGCUGACAUCAAAACACCUAUUAUUGGUGCAGAUUUUUUAACUCAUUAUAACUUACUUAUUGACUUAAAAAAGCAAAAGCUCAUCGAUGCUGAAACACAAUUCUCAGCACAUGGUGUAGCUAAAAAAACAACAGAAUUUGGUAUCACUACUAUCAGUUCUUUGAACAACGCAAUUGUCGAUAUCAAUAAUCUUCUUGAAGAAUAUAUUGAUAUCACAAUCUCACCUGUAAAACGAGAAGCAUCUGUCAACUCGUCAGUAGCUCAUCAUAUAGAAACUACUGGUCAACCAGCGUCAGAUCGUCCUCGUCGUAUCUCUGGUGAAAAAUUGACUGCAGCAAUAGCUGAAUUCUAG